GCGUAUUCAAAGAAGAAUAGGUUUUGGUUAUCAGCUUCGGGGAAGAGGAAGAAGCAGAGAAACAGCAACAAGAAGAACAAGAAGAAGAGGAAGGAGAAGGGAAUGGAGUCGACGGAAUCUUCAUACGUGUCGUCGCCGGAAGGGCCAAGGAAGCACGCCUCGCCGCCUCACCAAUCCCCUUCCCUUGAAGAUUCUGCAGAGAAGCCAACAUAUGUUAGGUUUCUUGUAUCAAACUCUGCAGCUGGUUCUGUUAUUGGAAAGGGUGGUUCAACCAUCACUGAUUUUCAGUCACAAUCUGGGGCACGAAUCCAGUUAUCACGCAACCAUGAAUUCUUUCCUGGGACUACUGAUAGGAUUAUCAUGGUAUCUGGUGGAAUAAAUGAAAUCCUAAGAGCUGUUGAACUUAUUCUGUCUAAGUUGCUCAGUGAGCUUCAAAGUGAGGAUGAAAAUGAUGCUGAGCCAAAAACAAAAGUGAGACUCAUUGUUCCAAAUGGUUCUUGUGGUGGUAUAAUUGGCAAGGGAGGUGCUACCAUUAGGUCAUUCAUUGAAGAAUCUCAAGCUGGAAUUAAGAUAUCUCCUCAGGAUAAUAAUUAUUACGGACUGAAUGAUAGGCUAGUGACACUGACAGGAACUCUUGAUGAGCAAAUGCGUGCAGUUGAUUUAAUUGUUUCUAAGUUAGCUGAAGAUCCUCAUUAUUCGCAGUCCAUGAACUCUCCAUUUUCAUAUCCAGGUGUUUACUUUUCGGGUUAUCAUGGUGUUCCAUAUACAUAUGUGCUUCCAUCUGUUGCACCAGCACCAUACAAUGCAGCGAACUACAGACCAAAUGGUGCUGCUGGAGGAAAGUUCCAGAAUAGCAAGGAGGACCGGAGUAACUCGCUGACCAUUGGUGUUGCAGAUGGCCAUAUAGGAUUGGUUGUUGGUCGUGGCGGAAGGAAUAUAAUGGAUAUUAGUCAGGUUAGUGGGGCAAGGAUAAAGAUAUCAGACAGAGGAGAUUACAUAUCUGGGACAACAGACAGGAAAGUUACUAUAACGGGUUCCCAGAGAGCAAUACGUACAGCUGAAUCUAUGAUAAUGCAGAAGGUUGCUUAUGCUUCUGAGAGGGUUCUUGAGUAGAGUAGGGUAGUUUGCAUGCACUAGUCUGCUUCUAGAUGCGUAGUGAAACCUGCUUGCUAAUUGCUUAUACAUUUGCUGAAUUUUUGGGAUUUGUUUACAUUAUUUCUCAUCAUAUGAUAUACUCUGGGAGAUCUUUAUUGUAGC